AGUGCAACUGUUAAGACGUCUCCAGUCAUCAAUUGCAAUGACGAAACUAGAGCAGUAUUCCCUGCUGAAUGCGAGGACGCGUUACCAACUGCUGGCCACCAUCAUAGUCAACAUCAUAACGUUUGGCCAUGGCGUGGGCGUUGGCUGGCUAUCGCCGACCUUGAGCAAGAUCCAGACACCCGACACGCCCCUCGACUUCCAGGUGGGCAUCGCAGAGAUUUCCUGGCUGGGCUCCAUGCUGGGCUUGGGCAGUCUCCUGGGCAACCUAACUAUAGCCUUUCUGCUGGAGCGGAUGGGCAGAAAGUUUUGCAUCUACCUGCUGGCAGGACCCUAUGCGUGCCUCUGGAUUCUGAUCUAUUGUGCCUCGAAUGUGUACUACUUGUACGUGGCCCGCUUUCUCUGCGGCUUCACUGGAGGCGCGGGCUAUUUGGUAGUGCCCAUCUACAUCAGUGAAGUGGCCGACAGCAGAAUUCGGGGUUCUUUGACUUCUAUGGUCAUGCUAUCUGUCAACCUGGGCGUACUCGUUGGCUAUAUUCUCAGCACCUACCUGGCCUAUCACAUUGUGCCAUUCCUCGCCAUCAUCUUGCCCAUCGCCUACUUCACAGCCAAUCUCUUCCUGCCCGAGACGGCGCCCUAUCUGCUGAGGCGCAGUCAGCUGAAUGCAGCUGAAACCUCCUUUAGAUACUACCAAAACCAGAAGGCAGGUAUGGAGCAGGUCUCCAAGGCGAACUUCGACGAACUGCGCUUGGCCAUAGAUUCGCAGCAGACACGGAAUCAGACUGCCCUAUCCUAUAGGGACUUGAUUACCAAGCCAGCCCUGAAAGCCUUCGCAGCAUCUAUCGUUCUAUCCACGGGCUAUCAAUUCAGCGGAAUAUUCAGCUUCAUCAACUAUAUGUCCACCAUAUUCGACGCAUCGGGCUCCAUCCUGGAUGUCAAUAUCUGCACCAUCAUUAUUGGCGUAGUGCAAAUCGUUGGCGUUUAUACCUCGACCAUCUUCGUAGACAUCAUCGGGCGUCGCAUCCUCAUGCUGAUAUCUACGUUGGGCGUGGCUCUGGGCUGCAUCGUCUUUGGCUGCUUCACAUACUUUGGCCAGCUCUACGAUGUAAGCUAUCUCAAUUGGGUGCCGUUAGUGCUGAUGAUAAUUAUAAUCUACUUGGGCAACAUUGGGCUGAUUGGACUAUUCUUCGUAGUGCUCGUGGAACUCUUUCCAGCUAAGAUACGUUCCCUGGCCACAUCCAUGUCAGUGGUAUUCCUUAGUGUUUUGGUUUUUGGCACGUUGAAAUUGUUCCCGCUGCUCCUCCAUUAUUUUGGUAUAUCGAUUACCAUGUGGUUCUCGGCUGCUUCCAGUCUUCUAACUUUUGUUUACUUCUUGUUGUUCCUGCCAGAGACCAAAGGCAAGUCCAUGAUUCAGGAUAUCGCAAUGAAGUUGACAACGGGACCUGAGUUUGGGGAGAGUCUGCUGAGCCGCAGAAACCGUCAUCAGUUCCUGGCCACGUUUGUAGUGAACAUCUCGACUUUUGCUCAUGGCAUAGGCAUCGGUUGGUUGUCGCCUGUGAUGCGGGCCUUGCAGACUCCCGGAUCACCUCUCAGCUUUGAGGUGCUGGUGGAGGAGGUGUCCUGGAUAGGGUCUCUGUUGGGCAUUGGUAGCGUCGUUGGAAACUUGUUAGCUGGACUACUACAGGAUCGUAUAGGGCGAAAGCCUGUCAUACUAGCUCUAACAGUACCAUAUGUAUGUUUCUGGCUGUUGUCCUACUUCGCUCAGAGCGUGGAGUAUUUGUAUCUUGCGCGUCUUUUGGCCGGCGUCACGGGUGGAGCAGGCUAUAUAGUUCUCCCCAUAUUCAUUAGCGAAAUAUCAGAUGCCAAGAUUCGCGGACGCCUUUCCUCUAUGGUCAUGCUCUCUGUUAACAUGGGCAUUCUGACGGGCUAUAUCUUAUCCACAAAUGUUGACUACUAUGUGGCCCCCAUUUUUGUCUUGCCCCUGCCCGUUUGUUAUUUUAUUAGCAAUCUCUUUCUCCCUGAAACGCCGUUUCAUUUGAUCAAAAAGGGCAAAUUCGGAGCUGCUGAAAAGUCCUUUCGAUACUAUAAAAAUAUUAGUGAUGACGACAAGAGCUCAAUGCUGGAGUUCGAAGAAAUGAAGCUCAAACUGACCAAGGAGAGGGCGUUGAGUGUGAACGCCUUCAAUUACAAGGACUUCUUGACGCGACCUGCCUUGAAAGCCUAUUCUAUGGCUAUUUUGCUGAUAUUCACGAAUCAAUUUACGGGCACCUUCUGCUUCGCUUCGUACAUGUCGGAUGUUUUUACCCUCUCACACACCACCUUGGACAUAGGCAUAUGCACGAUCAUCAUCGGUGUCGUCCAGAUCGUGGGCACCUAUACAACGACUUUAUUAUGCGAUCGAUUUGGUCGCAAGAUAUUGCUCUUGAUUUCCUGUCUGGGCUGUGGCAUAUGCCUGGCAGCUUUCGGAUCCUUCACCUACUUCGCAGAGCGCUACGAUCUCUCCUCUGUUGGCUGGAUGCCUCUUCUUCUGUUAUCCUUGGACGUGUUCCUUUGUAAUAUUGGUCUGGUGGGAGUCCUCUUUGUGGUGUUGGUCGAACUAAUGCCAGGCAAAAUUCGCUCGGUGGCUGUUUCUGGAUGCAUUAUCUUGCUGAGCAGCACGGUUUUUCUGUCACUGAAGAUCUUUCCCGUCAGCAUGGAAUAUUGGGGCAUAUCGAUCACCAUGUGGAGCUGCAGCCUGGUUGCAUUUGUUGGCUUUAUACUUAUUCUGUGCUUUCUCAAAGAGACUAAAGGCAAAUCAAUGCUGGAUCAUUGAAAGAAUUUAAUAUUAUAUUUUGAGCUGGACUUAA